AUGAUGAGUUAUGUCUGCCAUUUUGAUAUCAUUGACCCCUCGGAGGAUGCCUCUUUGUAUGAUGACCUGUUGCUGGACCUGCCUUAUGGACUCUCCCAGAAACAGCGUAGGAGCCGCACCGCUUUCACUGAAGAGCAGUUGGAGGCACUGGAGAAUACUUUCAAAGAGACCCAUUACCCAGAUGUGAACACUAGGGAGCGCCUGGCUGUGUUUGCCAACCUACCUGAAGCACGGGUUCAGGUAUGGUUCAAAAAUCGCCGAGCAAAAUUCCGCAAGGGCCAACCUGGGCUGGUGAGGAAAUCGAGGUCAUCUGCAUUCCUGGAGGCCACUGGGGGAGCCAGAAGACAAGAUGCCAAAGAAUGGUGCCGUGUGAGGAUGUCUUGGAUCCAGCCAGCAUCGAUGACCAAUUUCAAAAUGCCAGCCCAGGAGUCUCCUGGGAGUUACCAGGAUGAGACUAAAGCAGGACAAGAUUUUACAUGGAUGGUGAAGGCUAAUAACCGGGCUUAUCAUGCACAAAUUCGAAAGAGGCACAUCUGGUGUUUGAAGAAGAAAAAAUAUGCUGACAAUGCCAUUAAGACGGCUAAGUACAACGUUUUCACUUUUCUCCCUCUCAACUUGUAUGAACAAUUCCACCGGUUGGCCAAUGUAUACUUCUUGUUCAUAAUUCUUUUGCAGACCAUCCCACAGAUCUCCACACUGCCUUGGUUUUCACUCCUCUUUCCCCUUGCUAUCUUGCUCUCCAUCAGAGGCAUCCGUGACUUAAUCGAUGAUGUUGCACGGCACCGAAGUGAUGCGGAAAUCAACAACCGAGCUUGUGAGAUCUUGACAGGUGGGAGUUUCAGCAAAAAGAAGUGGCAGAAUAUACAAGUGGGUGAUAUUGUUUGCCUCCGCAAGGACAGCUUUGUACCGGCUGACCUCCUCUUACUCUCCAGUUCAGAGCCAAACAGCCUCUGCUACGUAGAGACAAUGGACAUAGAUGGAGAGACAAACCUAAAAUACAGACAAGCUCUCCUGGUAACACAUGAGCAGCUCACCUGCAAGGAGAACAUGGCUGCCUUUGAUGGAGUGGUAGUCUGUGAAGAGCCCAACAGCCGGUUACAUACCUUUGUCGGCACUCUGGAAUGGCAUGGACAGAAAUACUCCCUUGAUAGCGAGAAAAUCCUGUUGCGUGGCUGCAGAAUACGUAACACAGAGGUCUGCUACGGCCUUGUUAUUUAUGCAGGUUUCGAUACUAAAAUCAUGAAAAACUGUGGAAAGAUCAGCUUAAAAAAAACAAAACUCAGCCGUCUGAUGGAUCGUCUUGUGCUAAUGAUCACAGUGUCUCUCUUUCUGAUAUCCUUCAGCCUUGCUGUUGGCUCAGGAGUAUGGGCCACCAAGUUCCUCCAGGAGCACAGCUACCUUUUUGUCUUCUACAGCCACACCAGUGCAGUCAGCUAUGCAUUCUUUGCAUUCUGGGGAUUCCUCAUCCUCCUCAGCCUGGUCAUCCCCAUGUCCAUGCUCAUCACGUUUGAAUUUAUCUACCUGGUCAACAGCUGUUUCAUCAACUGGGACAUGGAAAUGUAUUAUGCAGAGAAGGACACACCUGCCAAAGCUCGGAGCACAAGUCUGAAUGACCAGUUGGGGCAGAUAGAAUAUAUCUUCUCAGACAAAACAGGCACUUUAACUCAGAACAUCAUGACUUUCAAGAAAUGUUGUAUCAAUGGAACCAUCUAUG